UCGGGUGUAUUGCUCUACACUCCGCACCCCCAGGGGCCCCCGACCGGUCUGAACUGGAGAUAUCUUUCUGUGGCGCCCUCCCGCGCCGGAUCUCCUUCUCCCUGGGGCGGGACGAUUUCCAGAGGCUCCGGUCACUAUGAGUGAAUCAUCCUUUAACUUAAUAUCUGAGAAAUGUGACAUCUUAUCAAUUCUUUGUGACCAUCCAGAAAAUAGGAUUUACCAGAGGAAAAUACAGGAACUCAGCAAAAGAUUUUCUGCUCUACGAAAAACAAAAGGGGAUGGGAAUUGCUUUUACCGAGCCUUGGGUUAUUCCUACCUAGAAUCACUUAUUGGAAACAGCAGAGAAAUUCUCAGGUUUAAGGAACGUGUGCUACAGACCCCAAAAGACCUUUUAGCUGCCGGCUUUGAAGAACACAAAUUCAGAAACUUCUUUAAUGCUUUUUACACUUUGGUUGAAAUGGUGGAGAAAGAUGGCUCAGUUUCCAACUUGCUGAAGGUUUUCAAUGACCAGAGUUUUUCGGAUCGAAUCGUUCAGUUCCUUAGGCUCCUCACCUCUGCAUUCAUCAAGAACCGGGCAGAUUUCUUCAGGCAUUUCAUUGAUGAGGAGAUGGAUGUCAAAGACUUCUGUGCUCAAGAAGUGGAACCCAUGGCCACAGAGUGCGACCACGUUCAGAUCACUGCUCUGUCUCAGGCACUGAACAUCCCUCUUCAAGUUGAGUAUGUGGAUGAAAUGGACACCGCUCUGAACCACCAUGUAUUUUCCGAGGCUGCCUGCCCUUCAGUUUAUCUACUUUAUAAAACAUCACACUACAACAUACUUUAUGCAGCCGAUAAAGUGGGUUAAUUUUAGGCCUUGCAGUGUAGUGUCAAACGACAGGACUACAUUCUAAUAGAGCAUUCUGGGUUUUUUUUUUUUUUAAACGAUUUAGAUGUUUCAUUAGCUAGAAGAAAAUGUACAGCCUUUGGGGGAGGGGGAGCACAUCAUUAACAAGGUGGUCCCCAGGUUCUGUGUUGGAUGAUACCAAUUAACCAGCAGAAAGGCUGCUUUUUUACCUCAUCUAGAUUUAUCUGUCAUUGACUGACUUCUGAUAACUUAAUAGUGUUUGUUUGGGCUAUGGACCAAAUGUUUUUCCACCUCCAACUGGGUAAAUGGUGUGAGAAAAGAGCACUUGACCAGCAAUCAGGAGACCUGGAUCAGGAUCCUGGCUCUGCCACUCACUCAAUGCCCAGUCUUUAAUAGGUCAUUGGCUCUCUGAAGUUCAGUAUCUGCAUCUGUAAAAUGGGGUGGGGGGAGGGGGGAUGCGUAAGCAGAUGUUGAAGAGUUCAUAUUUCCACUUCUUAAUAUUAUGUGGACUACAGCUGUUCACCAAAGGUAAUCCUUCAUAAGAAGAGACAGGGAAAAUUGUUUCCACAUACAAUGUUUUGAUUGAUAAAGCCCCCAUCGGAGCCAAACCAUUUUAGGAUCAUCGAACAAUGUUAAAAGGGCCACCUACCUGAAAUUAUCUACUCUGGGAUGUAGGAGUUCUUAUCCUGGGGCCCAUGGAUAGAUUUCAGGGGGGUUGUGAAUUUGAGGGAAAAAAAUGUUUAUUUUCACUAACCUCUCACUGACAUUUAGCAUUUCCUUCAAUCCAUCCUUCAUGACUCUUAUUCUGAGAAUAGGUCUGUGUGCUCCACCAAACUGCCAAAACUGUCCAUUAUAUAAAAAAAGGUUUAGAAUCCCUAUGCUAGACCAAGCCUCUCGUUUUACAGAUGAGAAUACUGAGGCCCAGGGAAGUGAAAUGACUUGCCCAAGGUAAAAAGGGCAGAGCCAAAAUGUAAACCCAGCCAGGUCUAAUGCCAAAACCACUGACUAGUUAGUGGUCUGACAUUAUCUUUUAUUUAAACUGAAUGGCCAGUUCAAUCAGGAGGAGCCACUGAGCAUGGAUAUGCCAUAGUAUGUAUGAUCAGAAGAAACUGGGCUUGUGGGGGAGUCUGCCAAGCUAGGCUUCCUACCUCUUCAACAAUAAACAACUUUGCUUUGAAAGUUAGUACGAUUUAGACCUAUGUUCUCACUGGGCCCAAAGAUAUCCAGACUUUCACAGGCAAUCGAGUCAAGAGCCUGUUAAGGGCUAAAAUUCUAGCUAGUCUGUCUAAAAUAUCUAAUGAGUGGUCGCCAAUAAAUUAUAAGCUUUAGCAAGAGUUAGACUUUUAAGCAUUUA